AUGUCUAAAAAACGAACAAAGAAAAGAAACAAAAAACCGAAAACAAAAGAUUCUCAAUUCAAAAUUGCGAUAAUUACCGGCGCAAAUAGUGGAGUAGGUUAUGGAGUCGCACAAAGAUUAUUGGAUCACUCGGCAAAAAAUCCUGAUGAACAAUUCAAAGUUGUCCUUGCUUGCCGAAACCAAAUACGAGCAAGUGCUGCACGAAAUGAUUUAUUAAAAGAAUUCCCGAAAGGUUUAGUUGAAAUUGUUCUUAUAGAUAUAGCUUCAAUUGAAUCCGUGUUCAAAAGUUGUAAAGAAAUUAAAGACAGAUAUAAUCGAGUUGAUCUACUUUUUUGCAAUGCUGGAAUACUACAAGUUUCAUAUAUGGAUUGGGGGGGCAUGGUUAAACAAAUUCUUUUAGAUCCAAUUGCAUUGUAUUCAAAAACAGGCAUUUUAGUUCAACCUAUGGGUAAAAUUACUUCGGAAGGUUUAGGUGAAACGUUUGCUUGUAAUUUCUUUGGGCAUUAUGUUAUGAUUAGAGAGCUCGAAGAUUUAUUAUUCAAAGCGAAAGAUCCUCGCGUUAUUUGGACAGGUUCCCAUAUAUCUACUAAAGAAAGUCUUAAUAUGGAAGAUUAUCAAUGCAAUAAAGGAAUUUUACCUUACGAAUCAUCCAAACGAAUUAUAGAUAUAAUUGGAAUUGGACUUAAUUCUCGUUUAAAUAAACAAAAUAUCCAUAGUUUUACAACUCAUCCUGGGAUUGUUUCUACAAAUAUUAUACCACUUGGCUGGGUUAUGAGUCAUUUAAAGGAUUUUUUGUUUUACGUGAUACGAACUUUAGGAAUGAGAAAUCAAACAAUCACCAGUUGGAAUGGAUCAUAUGCCAAUUAUUAUGUUGCAACUCAACCAAUCGAAUCUCUAGUUACUACUCUAAGGUAUGGUAGUUAUUGUAAUCCUCUUGGUAAGGUUUACGUUGAUAAAGAUAUAGUUGAGGGAUAUGAAGAAGCCGAAGCCAAAGUUUUAAUUACCAAGUUAGAAACUUUACUAGACAUUUUUCGUGACAAAGAGAGACCUACAAACGAUAUGGAUAGUCCAAUAGAAGCUGAAACUGAAACGAACAAUGAGGAAACUUCAAAUAAUAAUAAUGGCAACGCUUCUGUUGACGCUUCUGGAGGAAAUAAUCCUAUUGAUAUAGCGAGCCAAAAUGCCGAGUCUAUGGAUGUUGACGCUUCUUCAGAGUGGGAAUCCCGAAUUUCACGAUCUCGCAGAAUGGUUUACUAUUAUAAUCGUAGAACUAAGGAAAGUACUUGGGAUCUUCCUGAGGGCGUUGAUCCCAAUACCAUUAGAGGAUAUGCGAGUCAAAGCAAUCAAGAUUUACAGAAUCUUGACCCGUUGGAAGGUGGAGCAGGUCAAAUUAGAGCUAGUCAUUUAUUGGUCAAACAUGACAAGAGCAGGCGUCCUAGUUCUUGGAAAGAGGCAUUAGCUUUAAUUCAAUCCUAUCAUUCACGUAUUACAUCUGGAGAGAUUUCUCUUGCUGAACUUGCUAACACUGAAUCUGAUUGUUCAAGUGCCAAGCGUAAUGGUGAUUUGGGAUAUUUCGGUAGAGGCCAAAUGCAACCAUCAUUUGAGGAGGCCGCUUUUAAACUUAGAGUUGGUGAAUUAAGCGAACCAGUUUGGAGUGAUAGUGGCGUUCAUUUGAUUCUUAGAACAGAAUAA